AUGAGCAGACCCUCCGGCGACUACGAUGCGCGAGCGCUGGCGCUGCCCGUCGACCUACCGCCCGAAGAACAGAGACGCGGCUCGUCCAGUAACCACCCCCAGCCUGCAUGGCAUCGCCGCUCCUCCUCCAUUGCCCGCGGCUCACUGGGAUCGAGCGCAGGCCGCCGCCGUGGUGGAGGAGCCCUCGCCCGUAUGCGCACCAAUGUCGCCAAGCUGCAGCGACACGGCUUGAAGAUAUACAAGCGCUUGACACCGCUGCAGCGCGCCCUGCUGGUGCUGGCUGGCAUCAUCUCCUUUGUGCUGGGUGUCCUCUUCCUGGUCUACAACGAACACAUUUUCAAAUACUGGUUGGCCCCCGUCGCCAAGAAGUGGCGCGACAUCCCCGCCGGCUGGCUGAUCCUGUGGUCCAUGACAUUCGUUGUCAGCUUCCCUCCGCUCAUCGGCUACUCGACCUGCGUGACGCUGGCCGGCUUCGUCUACGGAUUUCCUAAUGGUUGGUUCAUCGUCGCCUCCGCCACCGUCAUCGGCAGCACCGCCUCCUUCCUGGCCACGCGCGCCGUCCUGCACCGCUUCGUCUCGCGCCUGAUCGCCAACGACUCGCGCUUCGCCGCGCUGGCCCUCACCCUCAAGCACGACGGCAUCAAGCUCCUCAUCAUGAUCCGCCUCUGCCCGCUGCCCUACUCGCUCUCCAACGGCGCCAUCGCCACCUUCCCCACCGUGCACUGGGCCGCCUUCAUGCUCGCCGGCGCCAUCGCCUCGCCCAAGCUGCUGCUGCACGUCUUCGUCGGCGCCAAGAUCGGCGAGCUGGCCGAGAAGGGCGAGCAGAUGGACGUCCGGACGAAGAUGAUCUCGUACGCGUCCAUCGUCAUCGGCCUCGUCGCCGGCGCCGCCACCGGCUACGUCAUGUACUCGCAGACGAAGCGCCGCGCCGCCGAGCUCGAGCAGCAGGAGCGCGAGGGCGCCGCCCGCCACCGCAGCGCCGACGAGAUCGCGCGCGAGUACGCCGACGACCCGGAGGCGGGCUUGGCGGCCGAGGUGCUGCGCGAGGAGGAGGACGACAUCAGCCUGCACAACGAUGUCGCGGAUCUGGGCGGUGGCCACUACAGGGACGAGAGCCCGAGUGGGGAGAGCGAGGAGGAUGGCUUUGAUGACGAUGCGCCCGACGUCGUGUUUGACGUUGGUGACGGGGAGUCGACAGAAGGGGACAGGAAAUGA